ACCAACAUGAUCGAUGUCCCGGACAACUCUGGUAAUUACGUCUCUGACCACAACCAAGAGAACGCGAGACGGUCUCUUCCGAGGCCCGGUGGUCCCGUCAAGGUCACGGAGGAGGUGGGGAGGGGGAAGGCCCUGAGACCUGUUUGCCUGUGAAGCAUCUUGCCUUCUUCUGUUACCGAACCAAAAACAUGCCUGCUCUAGUCUAAUCCAUGCAUGCUGUUUUAAUGGCUGAACUCUGCAAAUACCACUUCCCCAAAGUUGUUGAUCUUCACAACUACCCUCCAGCAAACAGCCACGCAGCUAAAGUAAUCAACUGGCAAACUCUCAACAGGAAGGUUUUCAGCAAGUUACAGAUCAAAGUUACUACAGACCUGAUCCACCAGAUAGCAGCAGGAUUACCCGGAGCUCUAGAGUCGGUACUGCUGGCAAUCAAGAAUAAAGUAGACUACCAGCAAAGGCAGAAGGGCGAAACUGAUUCUGGACAGACUAAAACUGCCUGGGGUGACUUUGGAGAUGGUUCUGGACUAAAUGAUCAUGAAGAUAUGUUUCUUGAGAUUAAAAAACUAAAAAAUGAAGUUCAAUUGAAAAAUGAAACAAUAUCUGUACUGAACCAAAAGGUUGUCCAUCUUGAGGCAUUGUUGGAAAUAAAGGACAAACGGCUACGAGAGCUGACUGCCAAUGUAGAUCGGAUGAAAGCCAGACAAGAUGAUUCAAAAGAGAGUUUUCAUUCAAUAUCUGCUUAGUAUCUGAAAUAUUCGGUAUCAUCAACAUUUGAACAAUAACUCUAAAUACUCCUUGUGUUGCCAAACCUAAUUAUGUGAUUCACUAUUAGAAUUACUUCAAAACACUUCAAAAUUAUAUUGUUGUUAAAUUGUUUUCUAUUUUU